AUGUUUUAUGCAGAUCAAAUCACUUUAAAAACCAACCAGUUAAAUGAUCUCACAGAGAAGUUGUACGAAAAACGGCGUGAAGUACAUAAAUUUAAAAAGCAGCUUGAGUCUUUGCACUCUGAAAAAAUAACUUUGCAACGAGGCCUAGAAAAUACAACGCAGGAACGCGAUAAUUUUCGGAUACUUCAAGCGGAAUCAGCUCAUCAAACUCAACAAUUGACUACGGAAAUAAGUGCUAAUGAAGUUAAAAUAAAUUCUUUGAAUUUAAAAAUAGAACACCUCAAUAACAACAUUAAAGAAUUACAGUCCGAGUUAAAAAAUAAACAAAAUUUGGUUGCUAGCUUACGUAAAGAUUUGAGAGAAAUAAAGGAGAAAAACGAAAUGUUAGCGAAAGCUAUCUCAAAUGAUGAAUUCCGAUUUAUGAAAAUGGGACAUGAGCUGGAGGAAAUGCGAAAAGAACGAAACUUAGUUGGACUUCAAAUGGUACGCCGGAAUGACGAAAUCGUUGUUAUUAAGGAAAAAUUGCAAAUUGCACAAAAUGCUCUUGAUAAUGGUACCACACAAUAUAAUCAACGUGUUGAAGAUAUACGACUUUUAAAAAAAGAAAUAUCAAAUAUAUAUACAGAACGUGAAUGCUUAAAACAUGCAAUUAAAAGUACUGCUGAUAUGAGGAAAGAAAUAGUACGCUUACAGCGAGCACUGAACCAAGAACGAAUUCGAAUAAGAGCACUUACUGAAGAUGCAAAAACACCAACGGGAGUACACCGCUGGCGUAUUUUAAAAGGAGAGGACCCUAAAAAGUAUGAGUUGCUAGAAAAACUACAAGUAUUGCAAAAGUAA